GGAUCUACUUCAGACAUUAACUGAGGAUGAACUGCACACGCUGGAACGUAACCUCUGCAUCUCUCAAGAUGUGGAUUUUCCUGUCAGAGCAGAUCCUGAAAUACGCUCUGUCAUUACACCAGGCAUAACUGAGACCUUGCCUGCUAAGGAGCUUUCAGCAAAAGCUGAAAACACAGAGGCUGAGCUGGCUUGUUCUAUGCAGUAUGAUGAACAGGAGCUGGAACAGCUGAAUAGGAUGGUGCACAGAGUUGGAGAUGAAAUGUCUUCUCUGCUUUCCCCUCCAAGCAUCUGUCAGUCUCCAGCUCACAGACCUAGCCUAAGAAAUAGUUCUAGCACAGAAGCCUCACCAACAAGACAGCAUCUUGACAAUUUAACUGAUGAAGAGGAUAGAGUGUUUUUUAUGGAUGACCUAGAUGGAGCCGGAGAAGCUCUUGCUGGGUUGGAUUCAGUAAGUGAUACUUUUGCUUGGGUGAAUAACCCUUGCCACGAUUCAAAACAGAACCUGCAAUAUAGAGACGCUUUGUUGUAUGAGAACGGCCAUCAGACAGAGGAAAUUUUGCUUUUAAAAGAUGCUGAAAGUGACUUAAGCAAUAAUAACAACAUUGAAGAUAGCAAACAGAUGUCUGGCAUUUCAGUUCAGAAUUCAUGCAGCUGUCUAGAAGGUCCGGACUCACAGUUAUACCUCAAUGGCUGGGAUGCAUACGCUGAUGAUGCAGAAACAGCAGAAGUGAUAGCUCACAGGACAGGGGGAAUGAAAAUAUCUGCUACUGUGAUAUUCAAUCCUAAAUCUCCCUCUAGCUCAGAAUCCCCAGUAACAACUCCAGAAGCAGCUAUUAGUUGUGUUCCCGGAUCUGCUAAUCCAUUAGCAAAUGAGGAGGAGGAUGAAUCCCAUAAACUCAGUAUAGCUGCCACAAACUGUCUAAUUAAUUCCUGUGUGUGUUGUGGCAGCUGUGAAGACAGCAGGGAGGAUGGUGUUGAGGGUUUAAAGACUAAACAUUCUGCAGGAGGUGUUGUAAAUGCUUCAUACACAUUAGUAAAGUCUAAGGAAAUGGACCAUGUAGAUAACUUGGACAAUACAGUCCCUGCACAGGAAACAUUAAAACCUGAAACUUCUGCGUUGUUAGCAGAAGGAGGCUUUGGCAGAGAAGAGCAAAAACUGCCAAUCUCCUCUAAGUGCCUGGCACAUUCCUCAGGUUCACAGGUAGGAACAGAAAAUGACUCACAAGGAGAAGCAGAAAGCAUCUCAAAUCAGCAAAAGAAGUGGGAGAAGAGAAAACAACUAUGUGAGAAAAAAAUGGACAACAGUGAAGAUGCUAGUAGUGAAAGGACAGCAAAGGAAGAUGUCAAGUCAAGAUCUAGUUCAAGCAGUUUAAUGACAAGUUCUUGUUCAUCUGAUGACAUCGAUGAGGAAGAAAUCCAGCUCGCUUUGCAGGCUGCUAAAAUUGCCACCCGAGAAAAGAUCAGAUCCAGAUUUCAUGGCAGUAAUGAUCUUAUUCACCGCCUUUUUGUCUGUAUCUCAGGUGUGGCUGACCAGCUGCAGACGAACUAUGCUAGUGAUCUGAGAAGUAUCUUAAAGACCUUGUUUGAAGUUAUGGCAACCAAACCUGAAACAGAAGACAAGGAAAAGCAAAAGAAAGUUAAUCAGGGUUUAAGGAAUGCAGCACUUGAAGACUGUGCUUUAUGUCAAGAAAGUAUAUCAUCCUCAGAACUUGCAGCAAAAGCCAGAGAUGGGGACUUUGAAGAUCCUCCUGACUGGGUUCCAGAUGAAGUCUGCAGCUACUGCACUGCGUGCAAGGCUCCUUUCACUGUCAUUCGCAGGAAACACCACUGUCGGAGCUGUGGCAAGAUCUUCUGUUCCCGCUGUUCCUCCCACUCUGCUCCAUUACCUCGUUAUGGUCAGAUGAAGCCUGUCCGUGUUUGCACUCACUGUUACAUGUUCCAUGUCACUCCUUUCUAUAGUGACAAAGCUGGUAUCUGACAUUAAACUUCUGGUGUGUCUUCUGGAGUCUUACAUGGACUGAUAUAUUUGACCUAAGCCAAGAAUUCACUUGAAAGAGGGGACCCCGUGAGGGCAUGUAGGCCUUGACAUCCAUUAUUAUACAUUUUGUACAGACAGUUUUUAUUGCAUUUUACUAAGCUGCUAAAGGGAAGUAUGAAGCGUCUGUAGCUCUUAAGGCUACAGUACAGUCUUCCAUAAAUUUCUGACAUUAAUGUUACGAUGCCAUAUGCAGAACAAAUGCACUGUGUGGAAGGAAAUAGAGCUCAGAGAACUGAACAAGUGUUGCUGCUGUCUUACAUCCUAGGAACAGAGUAGCCAGUUAACCAGUCCAUCCCAGCAAAUCAGUCCCAAAGCUCGGACACUUCUGUGCUCACUAAAAUACCAGCAUGGCUGUGGAUGUCAGUGUUCUCCCUCCUGCUGUGGUUUAACUUUACCAUUAUAAAUUUUUGCUACCUAUGCUAGGAUUAAUUAAAACAAAACUAUUUCAAAUCCAUAUUCAACAUUUACAAAGGCACAAUUUUCUUUGAAUUGCAUAGGAAACACUGAAGGUCUUGAAGUGGUAUAUUUCUGUUGCCUUUCAUUUACCAAGCAGAGCAAUAACUCCAAUUUGUCUUCUAAAAAUUAAGUUUUACAACUUCCAGUUCCAUAUUUUGGAGUUUUGGAAGUAUUUAUAAUCU